AAUUGAUGUCCCUCCCGCCCCGUUUGCUCGCUUCGCCGGGGACGGGAAGGAAAGGAGACGGCUUGUUCGGCGUUACGGCGUACGGCGACGUGGAAAGCUCACCUGUACAAUGCUAUUGACUAUUGUAAUGUAGAAAUGGCCCCCCUCCCUCCGGCCCCCCUCCAAUCGCAUUUCGAUUGGAGCAUUAUUCAAUUCAGUGCGGUCUCCUCCUAAUCCAGCUGCUCCAGCCUAGCUCACGUCGCUUCCACCAGACGCCACCGGGGACACCCUCCCUCUCACUGUCGCAGCAGAAAGGCGCGCCGCCGCGUUCCGUUAACCUCGCCGCCGUGCUGGCGGGCGCCGCGCCAACCUUUAGCUCCCGACGGCGGCGGGAUCCGAGCUCCGGACCGGGGGGCGGUGUGUCCCCGGCGUCGACAUACAUGCCUCCAUGGAUCCGGUCGCGGACCCCUCGCCGUCGCGGCGGUCGCUGAAGCGGCGGCCGCCCGCGCGGUCGCCGGAGCUGUCGCCGAAGGCGGGGGGAGGGGAGCCUGCGGCUGCGGCGGAGGCGGAGGAGCUGAUCCGGCGGGUGGAGGAGCUGGAGGCGGCGGCGGUGCGGCUGCGGGGGGAGAAGGAGGCCGCGGAGGAGGCGGCGCGCGGGCUGCAGCAGGAGCUCGACGCGGAGCGGGCCUCCGCGGAGACGGCGACCAGCGAGGCCAUGCUCAUGAUCGAGCGCCUGCAGCGGGAGAAGGCCGCCGCGCAGAUGGAGGCGCGCCAGUUCAAGCGCUACGCCGAGGGCCGCGAGGACCGGGAGCGCGAGGUCCAGGAGGAGCUCGCCUCGCUCUCCGACCUCGCCGCAUCCUACCACUCCCGCCUCCAGUCCCACGGCAUCGACCCGGACUCGUUCACCGACGAGGAUGAGGAGGAGAUGUACGAGGAGGGCGAAGAGGUGGAGCAGAUCGACAUGGACGCGGUCUUGGUGGAGCGGAGCGGCGGCGACCUGAGCACUGGCAUGGAGCUGAAAGCCAUGGUCGUUGACGGCGGUGGCGAGGAGGAGGAGGAGCCGUCGUCCCCCGUGGAGAAGGAAGUAGAGUACACGGUGGAUGUUUCCUGCGCCAGCACGACGAAGGCGGCUGGGCCGGUGGUGGUGGCGCAGUAUGUGGGGGACGGGAACUUGUAUGCGAGGGUCGAGGCGCUGGAGGCGGACAGGGUGGCACUGCGGAGGGAGAUCGCGGCGCUGCGGGCGGAGAGGGCGCAGGUGGUGAUGGCCAGGGAGAUGGCGCGGCGGCUUUGCUGGGAGAUGGUUGCUGAGCAGAGAGCCAUUGUGAAGAAACCAGCAGUCCCAGCGAGCAGUUUCUCAGUGAUCAGGGUUUGCAAGGUGCUAAAUUUGACACAUUUGGAGAACUCAGUCGCAUUGCAGGAAUUGAUUUGUGGGUGCUCUCAAUACUGUUUUGGAGAAACAGAAGUUCUACAGCCAAGUAGGUUAUAUAUGAUGGUUUUAUUGUGCAGUGCCUAUGAUGGCCCUUUCAACUCUGAAGCACAACUGAACUGGUGCUCUGGAUAUUCCUAGGUAUACCUUCGGUUUGUCCACUACAUUCCUUGGCCUCCUGCUGCUUCUCGACAGAUCCACAAUGUUGAGUCCCUGGCGACGUCUGCCAAGGCCACAAGGAUGAAUACGACCUUCUCCAUCACAGCCAAAUGCUUGUAAAUUCAGAGCUUUGAACAAUUGAGCUUUGUUGUGCAUGUGUAUUUGAUUUUUUUUUUACGUUUCUCUUUCCUUUUUCCACGUACAGUAUUGGAGCUGUACGUUCUGGUUCUGAAGCUUUGAGCUUGCCGUAUAGUGUGUUAUUCAACCUACUAGGAUUGAAUAGCUUGUGAUCUGGGGCUAACUGACCAUGCUCUGUAUAGAGUGUACAUCGUAGUAAUUCGUGGAACCUGAUGUUGUUUGAGUUGUUGCUGUUUGAUGCUAGUGUAUAGUGCGCUAUUCUGGCUCACGAAUUCUUCGGUUA